AUGGCGACCAGCUGCUAUUUUCCAAGCUGCGUUUCUGUUUCCUCUCAUAACCCCUCGUUGACGCACCAUCAUCAGCUUCUGCAGCCAUCUCUUCCCAGACAUCUCCACAUAAGCGCUUCCGCAACUAAGAAGCCCAGGAGAAGUAGAAAGCUAAAAAGCGAUGCGGAGCUGUGCAACGAAAUCCGGGAAUUCGUCGCCGCAGUUGGACUUCCGGAGGAUCACGUUCCGUCAACCAAGGAGCUUCUGCAACACGGAAGGAAUGACCUAGCUAACAUUGUCAGACGGAGAGGAUAUAAACUGCUUCGAGAGCUUCUGACAAGCUCAUUAAAUUCAGACAUUGGUGUAUUCCACACAGAUCUAGACUUGGACGGAAAUCUGGGAGGAUCAGAUGAUUGCAAAGAUCUUUUAACAGAAAUUGACCCAAGUGAGCUCCAACAUCAUGCUGAUAAGGUAAACCAUUUGGCCGAGGGAUUUGGCCACUCAACUGAAGCAUCUAUUGCGGAUGAUGGUUGCAGUAGUUCAAGAAAAGGUCCUGAUCCCAACUUUAAUAACGAAAAUCCAAUAGCUGCAGAGGCUUCUGGAAGAUCAUCUAUUGAGGAAAAGUUGUCCCGGGAUUUGGGAUAUGUUGAUGAUAUGAUGAGCGAAAUGACUGCAGAUGCAUUGUCAUCCACAAUUCGCUUAACAGAAAGCCAGUCCAGCACUUCUGCUUCUGAUUCAGAUCUUGCCACUCAGGACUGGCAUAAAUUGGGAGAUCCAGAUGAUACCAAUAAUGAUGUUGCUGAAAAUGUACCCUCAAGCACUGAUAUGGCAGAUAUAUCUGGAGGCAUAGAAAUUGAUUCUUUAGUUCACUCUGCUAGUAAUAGUUGCAUAAACAUAAACUCUCCAUCCAAUUUGUCUUUAGAGGAGAAGGUUGCAAAAUUUAUACAUAGUGGAGAUUUAGAUGCAGUUGAAGGUCAUGCCUUUGGCAUAUUAAAAGGAAAUGACCAGGAGGACAAUGAAGAGGAUAUUGAAUCGGGUUCUGCUGUGGAGAUGACGAAGCUUUCUAAACAUGAACCUAAAGAAAACACUUCUACGGCAUUUUAUGGAUGCUCAUCAACGUCCAAGCAAGUUGUUCCAUCUGCAACAACAAAUCACCUGGUUUGGGAGGACCAUUGUCAAGACGAGGAUCAAACUAAUCAUGUGGACAAAGAUUUUGAUGCUGAGGCUACUAAAAGGCAUAAUCAAAAUGAGAUAAAUAAUCUCAAAUUCAUGCUGUAUCAGAAGGAGUUAGAACUGUCUCAGCUGAAGGAACAGAUUGAGAAGGAAAAGGUGGAUUUUUUCUCUUCUUUUCUCCCCAUAUAUAAGUUUAUACUCUGCUUGUUAACCAACCCCUUAUGCAAAAUUGUUCUUGCAUUCAGCUAG